AUGGAGAAGAAGAUUCUGAUUGUGUUGUGCAUCGUUUUCUUGGUGGAGAUGUCUUCGCUUAUUUCGGGAGUUGAUUGCAGAGUCUUGAGAACAGAGGGGACAACAACGAACGGCUGUGACCAAACGGCCGCCGUAGACGGUGGUGGUGGUUUUGGUUUAUUCUCUGCGGCGAAUAGCUCGAGCGAACAACAUCGUCCUUUGAUGAGGAGCUUGGCUUUCCGAUUGGCUUCUGGACCGAGCAGGAAAGGCCGUGGACACUAA